AUGUACGAACUACCUAGCCUGGUGAAAACGGCGUACUACGCUUGUACGAAGAUCGGCCGCAAGAGGUACGACGAGCUGAGAACACCGGACGUCGACCUGCAAGCUUGUUGCAAGUUGCUGUUUGAAAUUUUAAAAGUCGACAAACACCGAAAUCGGGGCAACGAUAGGCAGACCAUGUUCAGCAGAUCGAAAUUCCCCAAAAAUAAGCAUGAGUUUAAAUACAUAUGCGAAAAAGCGGCGUUGCACGGGCACAUCGAUUGCAUGAAACUUGCUCACGAAGUCGGCGUCCCUUGGGACCGUAUGCCAGGACCGAACGGUACGGCGUGCGACAUAGCUGCGCGUUUGGGCAAUCUUGAGUGUCUGCAGUACGCUUCGGAGAACGGGUGCCCGUGGGACGAAUUUACGUGCAGAGUAGCCGCGGCAGGUGGACAUUUGGACUGCCUAGUUUACGCCCGGGAGAACGGCUGCCCGUGGGACGAUGAGACGUGCAGUGACGCCGCAAAAGGUGGACAUUUGGACUGCCUAGUUUACGCACGACAGAAUGGCUGCCCUUGGGACGCUGAAACGUGCAGCAACGCCGGGUCCAAAGGUCAUCUGGACUGCCUAGUUUACGCACGACAGAACGGCUGCCCGUGGAACCAGUUUACGUGCUCCUUGUCCGCGAAGAACGGUCACAUGGAAUGCUUGGUCUACGCAAGGGAAAACGGUUGUCCCUGGGACAGGAGUACGUGCUUCAGCGCCGCGUCUGGUGGUUUCCUGGAGUGUCUGGUUUAUGCAAGGGAAAACGGCUGUCCCUGGGACGUGGACACAUGCAACAACGCCGCGCAGAACGGUCACCUUCAGUGUUUGGUGUACGCCAGAGAAAAUGGUUGCCCAUGGGAUAUCAGUACGUGUAGCUGGGCCUCGUCGAACGGUCACCUUCAGUGUUUGGUCUACGCACACGAAAAUGGAUGUCCCUGGGGCCCCGAAACGUGCAGCAAAGCCGCGAUCAAAGGUCAUCUGAGGUGUCUGGUUUACGCACGGGAAAAUGGAUGUCCCUGGGACUUUGCUACGAGCGCAAACGCGGUGCUCGGAGGUCACAUGAACGUCCAAGAGUACGCUCGAGAAAACGGAUGCCCCAGGAUCGAGGGGUUUGACGACUUCGAUCAAUAUAUUCACUUGUACGCCAUGUACGGGAUUCAUUGGUAA